UCACUCACUGGCUUCGAGGGUUGAAGUGUCCCAGUUUGAAGAGAUUUUGCUCUUUCGGCUACAUUUGUCGCCGUUGAAUGUUCUCGACGGCGUUUGGGCCUCAUCUGUUUUGGGCAGAACUGGGGCAUUGGGCGUACGAAUCUGGGUGACUUUGGGACGUCUCACCUGAGAGCUGGAUGGCACUGUAAGCGGGGCCGACGGCGACCCUCUCCGCCCGGCAUACAUCCGUCGGCGCCUUCGCCGGGAGCACAGCACGCCCACUGAUCACCCCGCCCACUGGGGCAUCUUACAUAUACAAACACACGCGCACACAUAUACUCACACGCGCGCUCACACCCACUUUACGCCUAGCCGCCCGCACUCAACCAGUUGCAGAUCACGCUGGGGUGGGCAGGGAAGUAGCCGCACCGAGGCAUCAGUCAGCUUAGGGCAUCAGAAGUGGCUGUUCAACUCGAGACCUUCCAUUGCAGCUUCACCUCGAAGCUUGUCACCGUAGGGCACACGGGGGAAAGACGGCAACUACAACGGUAACAACAAUAGCAAAAACAACAACAACAACAACCUUUAUCUGCCUUGUGUGGUAUCAGGGAAAGUGCUGCUCCACGUGGUGUCUGAUGCUUCAUGGCUCCCUAAGACCGUCGUCAUCCUUCCCACUGUUUCAGCGCCCUACCUGACGGAGGGUACACAGACCCUCGUAGCACCCUCCGACGAACGUGUGCUUGCAACAUCUUCGGGCGAGGUCUCCGUCACCACUGCUGCAGUUUUAAUACAACUGCUGCAGCUGCUGCUGCUGCUGCUGCUGCUGCUGUGCUGUGCUGCUGGGCAGUGAAAGCGUCGUUCUGGCGGUUUGGGUUCCCACCGCCACGGCAACUUCGGCAAGAAAGAAGCAGUGUCUUUAGUACAUUGGUGGAGACAACUGUACGUUGGUCACUUCUCAACCCUCAUUCGUGAUACCUGCACCGUCCUUCUCUUUGCACUCUUACUGCACUCUUCCUUUCGCUGGCUUUCGUAUUCGAGAGCAUCGUUUGGGUUUUUGAACACCAGCAUUCGUGAAGGGAAGAGCGAGAGAAGGAAAUAUUGGAAGUUGAAAAGAAUUUCUGUAUCCGGAUUAAAGUGCUUACAAGCGUGCAAGUUCACCAAUAAAAGUUACGAGCGCAGACCAGAAAAUUGUUUAUAUAUAAAGUGUGACGAUAUUGAAACCAACCACCACUGCUUCGAUAUUCCUUACCCGGAUUGAUUAAAAUACCAUUCGGUAAUUGGUGUUAUUAUUCUGUUAACAAUUCGGAAACUAUAGAGCGUUUCGGUGGCAUCCUUGUGGGAAAAAAAAUUAUCGUCCAAAUUCGAACAUUCGUACGUUAGACGAAAUUUGUGAUUAAAGAUAAGUGAUUUAACAUAACAAAAUUCAUAAUUCCAAAUUGGAAAAAAAUUAAAACGAAGAUAUCAUUUAAAUCCGAGUGAAGUUGAAUUUGAUAUACAGUUGAAAAAGGGUGAAGUUCUUCUGAAGCCACAUUUAACCAGUGAUAAUCGUUGGAAGUAGUAUAAAGUGUUUUUGAAUGAGAUAAGUGCUGAGUUAAGUGCUGACUUAUAGCGGCACUCGGACUCAGCAUGUCGUGCUGAUUUUCUCAGCCCAACAUGAGGGCAUCCGGCAUCCAACAAGUAAGCUGGAGGCUUAGACGAGAGGGAGGAGCAGUGACUUCUUCUUCUUCUUCACUAUCAUCAUUGUCGUCGUCAUCGUCAAGUGUGCUGGUUCCCCUCCCCCACCACCAUCACUGCUACCAUCGUCUUCUGCACUGUCGACGAAAUCACUAUUACCACCAUCCGGGCCGACCGACCAGAAAUGGCGCAGUAGAGCUCAGUAGUCACCAUGCGUUUUAGGGAAACCAUGAUGCAUGUGCUGGUGGUUUGGCUGUUUGUGGGUUGGGUUCGGUCGCAUCAAGACGGUCCCGCCCAAGAUGACAGAGACAGGCGAGCGUACCAGAGAAGAAGGAUGCUUGAGCGACUGGCCCUUCGAGGUUACGAGGCUCGAGAACGUGAGAGAUUGGCCGCAGAGUUGUUGGCUAGACUUGAAAGCCACCACACCAGCACCAGUAGUCCAUUAUGGCGCCAACAGCCUGACCACCACCGGAGUCUCAGCAGACCUAACAGCCAAAUGUUUCAAGAUGCUCCAUAUCUAGAGGUGGCCUCUUUCGAUCAAGUUUACCCACAGCUUGAAGUCCUUCGGGAGGAAGAGGUUGAAACUCAGGUAGAGGAGGAGCCUGAAUUUGCAAAAGUUUCCAUGGAAUUGGAGGAGACAAAAGAUGUCCUCCGUCAGUUCCUCAUCAGAGAGAUGUUUCCUGACAAGACAAAAACACGACGGCAUGUUGCCGAAGAAACAUUAACCGAACUAACGACUCGACGUUCUUCCACCCGUGAGGAGCGGAAAAAACUGAAAGAGGAGAAGAGGAGGAAAAAGGAAGAGAAGAAGAAAAAAAGAGCAAAUAAAAAGAAUAAAAAAAGAAAGCAGGAGCAGGAGUUUAAAUCAUAUCUUAGAAACCAGAAUAUCAGUAUCCAUGAAGUUGAUGGGGAAUCUUUCUUCGACUGCUGUCCCUCAAAGAUGAUUGUGGUACAGAAGGCAGUAGGGAAAGCUUCUAAUAACCGCGCCGUGGAAAUUAUGGAGACCCAAGACACAUUUUAUGAACGUGUCUGUCUAGACGAGGUGUUGGACAAGGAGUGUAUCUUCCCCGCUCGCUCUCUGAAGAAGGGAGUGGUCACAAGAUGCGCCCAGGAGUGGUCUUAUUCCCAGGCAUUUAGUCGCCCCUAUGACAGUGCGGAGGAAUUCAAAGUGAGCCACAUCCAAGUACGUUCAGGGUGUUCUUGCCAAGUUAGUCUCACUCACAAGAAAAAGAGAAAAAGGAAAAGAUGAGAAUUAAUGGACCUGGGCCAACGCAUGAGUUUGCCGGCCCCUUAAAAGGUCUACUCACUUGCUAUGAGAGUAGGGUGGAACUCAGUUCUGGAAAAAAGCUCUGUUGUGAGUUCGCCCACAAGAAAGUCCUCAUUCUAAACUCUUGUUGGUGUUAUGAAAACUUUAUGUCUCCUGAUCCACAUUGACACUUAGUGUUUGGGAACAAGAACAUUUACAGAAACUUAAUAUAUAAUGGUUAAUGAUAAUUAUCGUAGUGUUUGAUUUCCAUACUAAGACAUUUGCACUAAGUGUUUUAUAUUUGCAGUUUGUAGCCAUUUUCAAGUCUGAAGCUGCAACAGCAGUGCUGGCAGCAGCUGCUGUUGCAGCAGUGAUUAAUACAUGGCAAAGUUUGUCCUUGUAGUCGCCUACAUUAAGCGAAGAUGAUGAUGAACGGCUACAUAGACGACGACAUCGAUGUGAGUGUAGUAGCUCCCGAGCGUCCCAGCAGAUGUCGCUAAAGAGGCCGGUGAAAUGUAGUAGUUCCCGAGCGUCUCAAAAGUUAAUUGUAAGAGGCUCACGGAGUGCAGUAGUGACCAAGACUUUCCAAAGCAAAAUAUCGCCUAGGAACUCUCGAAGCCCAGUAGUUCGUGAGCAUCUCCAAGUAUGUCAUAAAGAGGCUCAUGGAACCAGUGUCCACAGUGGCGCAUUGGCCAGGCGACGGCCCGGACUUGGCCUACCCACGUAGCAUAAUUACCUCAGUGCUUCGCGCGUUUUAGAUUAUAUUGUAAACAAAACCUUAAAAGUAAGCGAAAACGCGUGAUGUACCUUUCGACGUGCCGGUUCGCCCGGUGAAAAGAUAAUCAACAGCUAACACACUCAUUUUCCCAACUUCUCUUCUUCUCCUUCUUAUUCUCUUCGACUUUGUCAAACGAAAGAAGAGAAAAUAGAAAUUUGCAUUUUCAAAUUGAUGAAUCUAAUUGAAUCUCAUAUUUGUCAGAUCUUGUAUUUAUUAUUAUUGUUAUCAUUAUUAUUAUGAUUAAUAUUUUAGCAUUAUUUAGCUUCUCUUCAUCUCACACGAAUCCCUCUGUUCACUAAUUAUUGUACAUAGAAUUGGUGUGUAUAUUUUGAGUUUGACAUGACAAAUAAGCGAUUCUUGUCUAUUAUUUUAUGUAUGAUAUAAAGGUUAUAUUUUUCUUUACUUUCAUGUAUAAAAAAAUAAAUUCAAAUAUUACUUUUCUAAUCAGUGGCACAGGGAAUGUUAAUCCUCUAUUGCCCUUACUCUAUCUUCCGCUGUUCGAAUUCUACUAUUUCCUGUCCCUUCGUCCCUGACGUGGGACCCAUAUUCUUUUCCUCACUGCCUGAUGCCUACCAUCUCAGUCUCCACUCCUCCUUCCCCUGUUCCUCUCAUCUCCUCUCCUGUUCGUUCCCUCCCUCCCUCCCUCCCUCCCACCCACUGCCUGAGAAUUCUUAGUGGCCAAAGAGAGGGUCUGUUGUUUUGUACCUUCUUGUACUUCACACGCAAAACAAUGACUUCACGGAUGAUUAAUUUGUAUCAUUUCCGCAGAAUCAUGGAAUCCUAACCUGUUAACGUUUCUAUGUCAGCACCUUGUACCUUCGCCGUAAAUAGCAUUCAUCUUCUUUUAUGAUAGACAAAGAGAAAACUAGCUCAAUGAAAAUAUAGGAGUUAAGGGAUCUGAGCCAACGCACGAGUUUGCCGGCCCAGUUCUAGAUCACCUCAGAUGUUAUCGUAUGAGAAUCAGGUUAAACUGUUCUAGAAAGAAGAAGAAGAAAAAAAGAAAUUCUCAAGCGUUUACCCACAAUUAUAGCUCAAGUCAUCAUUCUAAACUUUCUCUGGUGUUCUGAGAAGUUUGUGUCUUCUGGUCCAUUUUGAACAUGUGUUAGAGUGUGAUUUGAUGCAACACGACAAGGUACUUCUUUUCGAUUGAACGGUGAAUUCAAGGCCAGUCGCGAACACCUCCAAAUUGACGUUGUCUGACUAAUGACCAAGAGGAACAAACGCUAUUUCAGCUUAAAAGAAAACGAUGAUGAUAAGAUAUUAAUAUUCUGCCCACUUCCUAACAGACAGUCCCGGUGCAUAUACAUAUAUAUAUUUAUAUAUACCAAAGUUUCUGUAGAGAUCUUACAAGCGUUCAUUGUUUCCUCCACUCAUAGUUGAGGAUGCAUUUGAUUCUAUUACUUGUACUCGAUGAAUAGUUCCGUGUCUUCUUGAGCUCUGAUUGCAAGCAUUCUUCCAGUUGCGAGGAAUUAUCCCCAGUCAUGAAUAGGAAGGAAAAAAAAUUGUACUCCUGUCUUGAACUGCUUUGUCUUCACUUAUAACCUGAAGACCAUGGCUCGCAGUUUAAAAGAUGUCGUUAUAGAAAACAAGUCGAAAAUCACGUAAAGUUGGUGGUCUGACGUUCAGCUUUGUAUUGCUUCUCGUCCAAUUUAUUCCUUGGGUUUUGACUAAAUUUAACUCGAGGUCAUAAAUUUGUCUAAUUCCAGUCCAGUCAUUGUAAUUGUUAUGCGAGUUUUAACAUCCAUAUAAUACUGGGAAUUGUUAAAGAGUUUGAUAUUGAAAACUUCAUUGACCACGUUACAAAAUUAUAAUGUACCAAAUAUAGAACUUGUGAUAGCAAUAGAAUUUAUAUUUGGAUUUUCGUGAUUUUUCUGUACAUAAUCGGAAGUACAUCAACGGAGACAGACACAAAAUAUGAAGGUAAAACUAGAAUAACCUCUUUACCAAAUAUCUGUAGGCAUAUUAUUCUUGAAAUUCUCAACCAAAUGAUAAAAAAGGAGAAAUCCUGUAAUGUCUUCAAGAUAGCCAGUUCAUGAAAACCACUUUCAUGUCCCCUUCAAGCCCAACAGUAUUCCUUUUCGAAAAACACCUUAUUUACCUAACUUAAAACUGCAACUUAUUCUGGUCCAAAUUGUUCCCUUCGUAUUGUAUAAACCUCCUGUUUUGUUAACACUUUAUUUUUAAGUAUUAUUUUCCCGUUUUUUUUAUUUCAUUUUAUUUUCCAUGUGAUUCAUAACUGUUGAACAGCAUUUUUUAUUUUUAUUUUUCCAUUUUUUAUAGAAAGUUUUAUCCUAUGUGACAUGUGUCAAAUAUUUGUAUAACCAAUGUUCAUGUGCCAUCUAAUGAUAUUUUAAAACGUCAUUUCUAAAUCAUUUUGAGUAACAAUAUUAUUAUUAUUAUUAUUAUUAUUAUUAUUAUUAUUAUUAUUAUUAUUAUUAUUAUUAUUAUUAUUAUUAUUAUUAACCUAAUGUGUUCUGUUUGUGUGUUCAUAUCGUUGCAAUGUCCUAUGUAAGUUGUGCACAGGAAAUCCACAGAUGUUAUUUUUAGUUUCUUUUUUCUUUAUUAUUAUUAUUUUUAUUAUCAUUAUUAUUGUUAUUAUUAUUAUUAUUAUUAUUAUUAUUAUUAUUAUUAUUAUUAUUAUUAUUAUUAUUAUUAUUAUUAUUAUUAUUAUUAUUAAUUAAAAGCCACAGUAGUGUUAAAAAUAUUUAAGCUCAGAGUUACAAUGUUAAGGAGAGACUUUCAUUCUGAUGAUGGACACGGAGUAGUAUCUGCAAGUCUCUCCUUAACUCUUUGGAUAAAUAUUUUUUAACUAUUGUGGCUUUUAAUUCUUGAUAUUAUAGCCUCGUUACAUGGGUUCCUUGGUUCAUUAUCAUUAUUAUAUUAUUAGUAAUUCGUGAGUCUGCAGAAAUCAAACUAUUAUUAUUAUUAUUAUUAUUAUUAUUAUUAUUAUUAUUAUUAUUAUUAUUAUUAUUAUUAUUAUUAUAUCAUAAAUUUUACUGAGUAUCAAAAGAGAAUGGUUAUUAUUAAGACUGUAAUAGCAUGGUAAAACUGUUUGGAUUCCUUGUAAUGUUAUUUGUAUGUGACCUUGGUUAUUUGUACUUUACGUAUGUAUAACUUCCCUCAAGGGCCCCUGUGCCUCGUGUUUAUAUAUUCCACUCAGAAAAAAAAAAGAGAUCAUUAUUAUCCCAGAACAUCCCUAUUCUAGGAAAAACAAAACUUUCCGGGUCCAUUUUUAUAAACUUGAAACAAACCAUACAAGUUCAUUUCAGGGUAUUUUAGAUAAUCUCUCAUUGUAACACAAAGCAGCUUCCGAGAUUCUGUUCGAGUUCGUUCGUCGAUGUGCACACCACACAAUAAAUUGAUGAGAUUCAGGCUUUUCCCCUUUAUUUAUAUUUUGUAUUUAGAGUCGGUGUUCCCCUCGUUGAGGCUCGACUAGAAUUUCGGAAUUUGCUUUCUCGUAGAAUACCCGCCCAGAGUCAUAACCUCUGAUUACUGGCCAACGCAGUUGACAGCACCGUAAUUCAUCUCAUCUAAUUUGCGAAAGUUGCGUGUUGAGAAGCAUUGAUUGUGUAUUGCAGAAUUAUAGGAUGCACAGGUCUUCAGAGAAGCUACAAAUGGUUGUAUUAAUGUACUUCAUUCAUAUUAGAAAGUAUUUUUUGUAGGUACGAUAAUCUUGUUAACCGUGUAUGAUAUAACCUUGUGCGUUAUGGCGUCGCAUCAAUAAGCGACAUGUUUACUUGUGGCAAUCUAGCCUGAAAACGAUGAAUAUCAAUGUACCAAUUGGUUUCUAUAAGUGACAGUUUACAAACCUCUCACCGUUGUCCAAAGGGGGAAAAAUAAAGUUGCUGUAACUAACCAACCUAUGUAGUACCCUUGGAGAGGCAAGAAGAGAGAUUUGAAAUGGAGUCAUAAAUCAGCGAAAUCCAUCAUUCGCUGUGCUAAAUUUUUUUUCUCUCUUUCACUUCAUGAAACAGCUUCAGACCUUAAAGCUGCUGUCUUUGCUGGCCUUGGAAUCAUUCCGUAUCUUCUCAUGAGAGUGAAAUCAUAAUUUAAUGCCAGCCCCUAAAGGAAUCUGAAGUUUGUGUAAGGAUAUUACUCAUUGCCAGAUGGAAAAGCCAGUAAAUAAAAUAUUAUAAAGCUGUG